UACCCGGCCAUUAAUCCUCUUAGGAAUAUGUUGAGCUGGCUCUAAAUGCCAACUUGUCCCCAUACGAUAGAGACUAAUAUGGCCUUGAAGUUUGGUGUCUUGUCAUCCACGCCUAAAAAAGAAAAUUUUGACUCGCUUCCGCCAGCCAGCUCAGCAGCCUUGGGCAACUUGAGAUUCUUUAAUGACAUGUCCUUUACAUUUUUCUAUCGAGUGUUGAUAUUGGCCGACUAUACUACCAGCAUUGGCGUAUGUUCAGGUGCAAGGAGAUGAUAUAAAAGAUCUGAAGAAGCUCUGGUCACUUGCUGAGGUUUUCAAACAUUGCUAGCCAUAUCAGAGGGCCCCCAAAGAUUGAUUAUCUCUCCGGUUAUGAUGUUUUAUCGUCACCUAAAACAACCGCAGGGUUUUGAUUAUCAGCGAGUCUAGCUAAAAAAAACAUGCUGACAAGUGUGAAUAGAGUGCGUAUAGUGCAGCACACAAAGAUGCACAGCGUCAGUCAUAGUAAGAGGUUAGAUUAAUAAUAUAAUUAUAGGCUGGUUU